AUGCAGGCGAAGUUGAAAUUAAAUCAAAAGCCAGAAUCCGAUGGAACGAAUUGGAAAACUCCAAAGAUAGAUCUCUCUGUUGAUAUGGAAGCGUUAGCAUUGGCGAUUGGUAAAUACCAAUAUCAGGAUAUUUUACUGUUCCUUGAGGCGCAGGAAAGGUUCAAUCUCGCAACGCAGUAUUUGAAGUACCGCCCACAUCUUAAUGAGUAUCGUGGACAUUACAAAGAAUGGUGGCAUUUUGCCUACAAAGCUAUAUUGGAAGAGAAAGUUCGUCGUCGAAGGAACAAUUGGUCGUGGCCGAGAAUGCGCGCUCAUAGAAAGCUUGUCCGUGAAUAUCGAGAUGCGUGGGUGAAACAACAAACAACCAGAAGUCCUGGGUCCGAUGUCACGGAUAUUAUCAAGAAAGCAGAGGAACAACUGGAUGUGUUUAAUGUGAACGUUGCUCGGCAACAGGCU